AAAAAAAAAAAAAAAAAACACUUAGCUUGGUGUUGCGGUGUCCAUCGUCUUCUCACCUUCGAUCCCAAAUUGCUGCUACUGCAUACGCUUUAACCCUCAAUCAACCAACUACCUCCUGUGAUUUCUAUCGAAUACGCUGCUACAUCAUCGACAGCCGCCGCAUAUGCUUUUAACCCGCAUCUAAUUUAACCCCCACCUCGAGGAACUGCUUCGAUUUAUUUCCUCUGUGUGCUCUAUCGAUACCAGGAGACUAUAGUAGAUGGACUGGUUUCUGAUAUUUGUAUCUGUAGCUGUUGUAUGGUUGGCUUCUCUCUGCAAAAUUCUCCAUUCAUCAUUCUAUCCAGACCAAUCUUCCUUCUUAAAUAAUAAUAAUAAUAAUGCUGGAUCUAUUCAGAAGAAAAAUGUAUUGUUUGUCAUUGCACACCCUGAUGAUGAAUCCAUGUUUUUUUCACCAACAAUUAAUCAUCUGACUUCAAGAGGGCAUAAUAUUCACAUAUUGUGCAUGUCAACUGGAAAUGCAGAUGGAAUUGGAGAUGUUAGAAAAGAAGAGCUUUAUAAGGCUUCUGUAAUCCUUAAGGUUCCUCUCCAACAAGUGACAACAAUUGAUCAUCCAGAUUUUCAGGAUGGUUUUGGUAAAGUAUGGAAUAGUGGUAAACUAUCAAAGAUUGUGGAAAAGAAAAUUCUUGCUCAUGCAAUUGACAUGAUUAUUACCUUUGAUAAUUAUGGUGUUUCGGGUCAUUGUAAUCACCGUGAUGUACACCAAGGAGUACGAAGGUUUACACUUGAUACUUCAGAAAAAGACAUUGAAGCAUGGGAACUGGUGAGUAGUAACAUAGUACGAAAGUACAGUGGGCCCAUUGAUAUAUGGUUGUCUUUUUGGACUCUGAAAGGAGAAAUGCAUUGUUUGGUAAAUGAACAUCCACUUAGAAGCUAUGCCGCCAUGUCACAGCACCUAAGUCAAUGGGUAUGGUUUCGGAAACUUUUUGUUUCAUUUUCUAGUUAUACGUAUGUCAACACUUUGAGGAAGAUCAACAAAUGAGUAAAGGGUCAAGUUCUAUGGUGUACUUCAAAAGUUACAUUUGAUUUUUUUUUUUUUAUUGUUUUUAGGAAAUUAACAAAUUCUCUAUAGGUUCAUUCUCAUUCGAUUUGUACAAUGUAGUUAUGUGACAUGAUAGGAUAUAAUUCUUCACGUGUAUUUUUAAGAUUAUCUCUAUAGCUUCCAACCUAAUAUGAUCAUAGUUCAUUUUAAUGAAUCUUUUUAAUCAUUGUAUUCA